AUGACAGAAGACAAGUUCACUGGAACCUUGCUUUUGGCUGUCUUCACUGCGGUGCUGGGCUCCUUCCAGUUUGGAUACAACCUUGGAGUGAUCAAUGCUCCCCAAAAGAUCAUUGUAGCCCACUACAGGCAUUUACUGGUUGUCCCUCUCGAUGAAGAUGAGCUUCACAACUCUACCAAAAUACAUAUGCCCACGCUGCAACCAACAAUUAAUUAUGAAGAAGCAGAAACUGAUCCAGACCCAUCCACUGCCGUAGUCACCAUGUUUUGGUCCUUGUCUGUGUCCAUCUUUGCAGUUGGCGGAAUGAUUGCCUCAUUCUUUGGAGGAUGGCUAGGGGACAAACUAGGAAGAAUUAAAGGAAUGCUGGCUGCAAAUAGUCUCUCAUUGAUUGGAGCUAUCUUGAUGGCAAUAGCUAAAUUUGGACCAUCUCACAUUCUUAUCAUCUCAGGUAGAUUCAUCUCAGGACUAUAUUGUGGUCUGGUGUCGGGACUGGUUCCAAUGUAUAUUGGUGAAAUCUCUCCCACAUCUCUCCGAGGUGCUCUGGGAACCUUACACCAGCUGGCCAUUGUCACAGGGAUUCUUGUCAGUCAGGUCAUUGGACUUGACUUUAUCCUGGGCAAUGAUGACAUGUGGCCUGUUCUGCUUGGCUUAUCUGGUGCACCCGCUGUCCUUCAGUGUCUGUUACUCUUCUUCUGUCCAGAGAGCCCCAGAUACCUUUACAUUAAGCUGGGAGAAGAGAACAAAGCCAAAAUGAAUUUGAAAAGGCUCAGAGGAGGCUGUGACCCCACUAAGGACAUGACAGAGAUGAAAAAAGAAAAAGAAGAGGCCUCGAGUGAGAAGAAAGUGUCCAUGAUUCAGCUUUUCACCAUGGCCAGCUAUCGGCAGCCCAUUCUGGUGGCACUGAUGCUGCAUAUGGCUCAGCAAUUUUCUGGAAUCAAUGGAAUCUUUUAUUAUUCCACCAGUAUUUUCUACACAGCUGGAGUAGAACAACCAGUUUAUGCAACAAUUGGAGUUGGAGUAGUGAACACUAUCUUCACAGUUAUCUCUGUCUUCCUUGUGGAGAAAGCAGGGCGACGUUCCCUAUUCCUGGUGGGCUUGUCAGGGAUGCUUGUAUGUGCCAUUGCUAUGACAGUGGGGCUCGUAUUGUUGAAUCGGUUUAGCUGGAUGAGCUACGUGAGCAUGAUAGCCAUCUUUCUCUUUGUGAGUUUCUUUGAAAUUGGGCCCGGGCCCAUCCCCUGGUUCAUGGUGGCUGAAUUUUUCAGCCAAGGACCACGGCCUGCAGCUAUCGCCAUUGCUGCUUUCUGCAACUGGACCUGCAAUUUCAUCGUGGCCUUGAGUUUCCAGUACAUUGCGGAUUUUUGUGGACCGUAUGUAUUUGCCCUCUUUGCUGUGAUCCUCCUAGGUUUUACUCUGUUUACAUUUUUUAAAGUUCCAGAAACCAAAGGCAAGUCUUUUGAAGAAAUCGCUGCAGAAUUCCGGAAGAGGAGGGGGGGUUCCCCUACAGGACCCAAAACCGCUGUUGAACUGGAAUACCUUGGAGCCAAGGAGAAUGCAUAAGAGAAUCACCAGGCAGCCAGACAUGAAAGCACAAUUUAUUUUGCAUAUGGCUCUUCUACAGAACUCGGAAUCCUGAAGAAUUCUUUUAUUUUUUUAGGAAAUAUUAAAAAAAAAAGAUCCCAAGAGGGAUUUCCGCUGCUUUAUUUGCAGGACUCUUGAUGAUGCAUAUUAAGGUGGCAGGCCCUGGAUUCUAAUAUUCUUCCCCCAUCUAAUGUUCUCUUCCCAUGUUGUCUUCAAGCUGGGGAAUACACAAGAUCUAUUUCUUCUUAACAAAUUAUUCAUUCUUUAGGAGCAUUCCAAAGCAUCACCAAAUAUCGAAAGGGUGCAGCUAUCAUAUGUGUAUUUGGAUGUGUUUAAACUGGAAUGUCCCUAUCCAUAGUUCUUGUGCAAAACAGGAUCAAGAAAGUGGUAGCAAGACCUAUGUCACAAAAGAGAAAUGUGACCCGUGUCUCACUUGUUUAAUUUCCCCCCUCCAAUACUUUUCUUACACAUUCAAUUUCUUUCUAAGCUUAAUUUUACAUUUUAUAUUUUCAUGUACAUUUUUCCAGGACUGAUGUGUAUAUUUAAGCAUGCUUUUUUGGAGGAAAAAAGUCUAUUUUCUUAUUUGCAGGGUAGAAAAGCAAAUCCAUCUUUAAGCAUUCAGCUUAGGUUUUAGAUUCCUUAUUUAAGGGGAAAAAAAAGUUUUGCUAAAUAGGUAUUGAAAAAGGUUUCUUUUUUGACCAAUGUCAGAAGCGACUUGUGUUUCCAUCUUACAAAUUAUACCAAUUAAAAAGGAGAGAACUUCCUAGAAACAACCUUUUAAAAAUAAGCUUUAGUUUGUCAACAUGCUUCGGACUUGUGGGGUUUGGUUCUGAACCACACUAGAGAACCUAUCCAUUCCCUCUGUCUACACAGGAAGUCAAAGGCCAGGGAAGAACUGGGUAAAGGAAACAGUGUCAAUUUAGCAGUAUUCAUGAAAAAAAGAGCAUUUCCACUUAAUGGUUUUUCUGUGAUUGUUGCUAUCUAUGUCUGUCUAACAGCAAAAGAACUGAUCUUUCAAUCAGUUCUGUAAAGAGGAGGAAGGGAGUGGAGAAGAAUCAUCAAUUUGACAACUUGAGUGUCACAGAAACUAGAGUGAAGGGAGUGGCCAUGCUGACAAUAUUAUGGAUCCUUGAAGUAUUUAGGCAAUCCACCAACAUAAUUACAUGCCAAGCACUGUGCCAAGCUCUGGGGAUAAAAAGAAAAGGGGGGAAAAUAGUCCCUGGAGCAGCCUGCAUUCUAAUGGGGGGGACACAUGGAAAAUAUUUAGGUCAAUGCAAAAUACAUAACGAGUAGAUGGAAGGUCAUCUGAGAAGAGAAGGCACUAGCAGCUGGAGGAAUCAGGAAAGCCUUCCUUCAAAGGUUGAUUUUGAGCAGAGUCUUGAAGGAAACAGAGGAAAAACAGAAAGUAAACAAGCGAUUUAAGUUUUUGCUUUUCAGAAAAUGGUUUUUGUAUCUUACUAAAACGGUGCACAAAUGUACAAUGUGUCCAUUUUAACCCAUGAUGUUUUAAGUAAAAAUGUUUG